UCUGGUGGGAUUCCCAUCAGUCAUACAUGCAGUUGAAGCCCAGGUUUAUCUCCUGAUGACCAGACACAAGGCAGGCUAACUGGAAGCUAUAGGAGGUCUGAGAAGCUCAUACUGUGACAUUCAGAUGCUUUUCGGCACUUAAAAGGUUCCUGCUUCUAACCACCGCCCACCUGUGUUGCAUAGUCUGAAGCCCUCACUGUUCUUUGGUAGAAAGAAGUUCUAACUCUUUGUCAGGACUUAGCUUCUGCUUCCUUCCUGAAACAUCUUCAACCUGGUUGUGAUGAUUCGUUUUAGUUGUGGUCGGAACGUUGGCACGGAGUCUCAUGAACGGGUUGGGAGGAGACACCCCUCCUCGUCAUUGUCUCAUCCGAAUGCAGACAGGCAGGGAUUCCCCCACAUGAGGCACAUAAAAAGUAGUUUCCCUCCCUAAUAUUUGUGUUUCUGUUUUGCAGCUUCUGAUCCAGAUAUAAUGAAAACUUCGUGGGAUAACAGUUGUCGCUAUGCCUUGCAUGCUAAAGAAGGCGUGAUCACAAGCUUCAGUACUCCAGGCUUCCCCAACAGUCCUUAUCCUUCCAACGCACGUUGUCUUUGGGUGCUGAGAGGUGAUGCGGACUCGGUCCUGAGCCUGACCUUCACCACCUUCGAUGUGGAACAGUGCCAUACGGGGGAUGACUUCGUCAAGGUGUACGACUCGCUGAGCCCCGUGGAACCUCAUGCCUUAGUGAAGUAA